AUGGAAGACGGAAGAUUCAAUAUCGGAUUUGUGCUGUUCAGCCAAAGUACCGUAGUCUGCAGUGAGUGUGUUGCAAAUAAGACAAGAUGUAAUCGUAGCCGACCAAGUUGCUCAAAAUGCUCGUUGUGCAACCAUUCUUGUCAACAUACCGGCCUAGAAGCAAGCGAUGAUACUGCAACAUACACUUCGUUGAUAUUCCAGCCACCCUCGAUCCGGUUUGGUAUUGAUCUUCAGAGUUCUUCGUUCCUGACCAAGGAUGCUGGCCGAGGAGUUCCAGCUUCCCCUAUUAUCUCAUUUCACUCAUAUCGCACCAGAAAAUUAGCUACCAUUGCCGCUAGUGAAUUGCAUCACACUUUCCAAGAUGUGGCAUGGCCGAUGCAAAGAGGUGGAUGA